AUGUGAACGACUCCGACUCACCUACUCCAGCUUCCACACCACCGCGCAUUCUCGCAAAUGUCGCGCUCGCACGUGCGUACUCGAACAUCGCCGUCGUGAACAACGAAUCCCUACGUGUCGUCGCCCAAGAUGAAGCUCAAACUCAAGAACCCGAACGCCGCUCCCAGCGAUGCGCCGCCCUCAGAACCUCCUCCGUCCGACGCGCCUACACCCAUUUCCGCAAAACCAGGAGGCCUCAAGAUCAAGUUGAAGCCCGCAGCCCCCGCGGCCGGUGAACCUGCGGAUAGCCAGAAUGGCGAGGCCAAAGUGAAGCGCAAGUACACCAAGAAGCCCAAACUCGACGAAAGCGGUAAUGUCAUUCCUCCGGGAAAGCCUGGACCCAAGAAGAGAGCACGCGAAGACGGUGGCGAUGAUUUUGAUUCACCUGCCGCCAAGCGCAAACCGAAGCCUACCGCGAAGAGCCUCGCCAUGGCUAACGAUACCGACGACGAGGAUGACUACACCGCAGUCGAACAACCUCCACCACAGCCCAUCAAAUCGCAUAAUCGCACUCAAUCUAUCAAACUCUCCAUCAAACCGAAGGGAGCCAUGGGCUCGGCGAGACCCAGUACUGCUAUCCUCAAGGUCAAAGGUGCAGGAAAGCCGCCAGUCAGACCAUACGGUGUCGGUUACGACAGUGAAGCAGAGGAGGCGGAACCCGACCCAGCGAUCGAAUCGCAGUUUGUGCUGCGCAUGAAGCCCGGCCCAGACUGCGAUCUACUGCGCAAGUCCAUCGAGGAGAAGACUAUCGGCAAGAGCGUAUCGCAGGGAGGGCCUGGCGUACACUUCCGAUUCUUCGACCGCGAGGGUCGUCGAGCCAUGCUCACUAUACAGAACCGCAUGUACGCUGCGACCAUGGUCGAGCUCCCCGCAGUCAUAGAGUCGCUGAAGAGUUGGAACAAGAAGGACUGGGUCAAGACCGCAGACGUAUGCCAAAUGUUACUAGUUUUGGACGAGGUUAAGAACGAGGACGAAGCUAGGAAGUUCCCGCUUCCCUCGUAUAUCUCUCCAGACACCCAUCGGUUUCCCCAUGGUCUGACACCACCCAUGAAGUGGGCUCGCAAACGGCGUUUCCGCCCUCGCAAAUCAUACAUUGAUGUUGAGCGCGCCGAAGCGCAGUUGAAUCGACUAAUAGAGAAUGAUGCGACUGCGGUGUCAACAAAGUACGAGAUGGUAGAUAGCGAGGCAGAAAGCUCAGAGGAGUCAAGUUCUGAAGAGGAGGUUGAUGACGAUGAAGAGAUGGCAAAUGCUACCCAAGUGGAGGAAAUGGAUGCCGACCAACUGGAGCAGAUGCUUGCUGAAGGACUCAUGGAUGACGAGGUUGAGUUCCAGGGCGAUAAUGAUCAGCUCAACGCCUUGCUCGCUGGUAACAACAAUGUGCAAGUUGAACAGGUCGACACUCCUACGACCGCUCACGAUGUCGCUAUGCACGCUCUGGGCCAGAACGGCAAUGUCGUCGAAACUGAGACUGCGGCUUCUACCCCAGCAGCAGCGACAUCUGCAGACGACGAUGAUGACGAUGACGAUGCAGAUUCUGAUGAAGACGUCGAUGAGGUGGAUGAAGCCGCGGCGGCUGAAGAGCAACGUCAAGAGCAACUCCGGGGUGAGAUUGCAGAGUUGGAGAGGGCUAUUGUUCAGAGCACAGAAGCGCGCGACAGGCAGACCAACGUCCUCUUCAAGAAGCGUGUGCAAACCCAGAUCGAUAAGCAGAAGGCCGAUCUUGCAAUCAAGCGUAAGCAGCUCGGAAAUGAGGAGGCGGAUGAAUAAACGGACCUCCUACUAGACUUCGGUCUUCUUGGGUCAUGAGGUUUGGGUAGUAUGUUUCAACAGAGACGGUAGCAUUGCGAUGGCGUUCUUACGGGAUGUAGAGCAUUCAUGUGGCGUUCUGGGGACUAGCAAUGUAGCGGUUAUGUUUCUUUAUCGAUUAUUCUCUAUUUCAACUACUGUUUCUACAAGCAUGUGUUCAAACCAAGGCACUUUACCUAGCUAUAUACAACCACUUGCAAGGACAUGUAACCAGCAUUUCUGGAAGAGCCUUCUACAGUGUGGGAACCAGAUUACGACUGUCACGUUCAUGCAAAAGUCUUGCAGCGUCAAAAGUGCAUCAUGCAAAAUCAUAAUUAAUCAAUCAGCGUC